UGACUUUUUCUGAACAUACCCAGAACACUGAGGAUGGAGACGUCGGUGAAAGCAGCUGAGGUGUUGGUGCCGCCACAGCCUGACGUGGAGGCCGGAAACACCGAAGGCGAAGCUGCAGCUCCGCCUGCAGCCUCCAAAAACCUCGACCCCAUGGAGGAGUUCAGCAGGCGGCUGGAGGACAUCAUCAGCACCCACGGCUCUGCAGACAGCCUCCUGGACAGACAGACUGUGAUGGAGACGGAGACGGAAAAGAUGAAGAUGGAGCCAAAAGAUGACAUCCCCGUUGCCAUGGAGACGGAAGUCUGUCUCAUCAUGAAGAGUCUGAACAAGCUCUCGUCUCCAGAGCAGAAACUGGAAGAUGUGGUCAGGAAAUACGCUGAACUGGCAGCGCUGCGGCGUUGUGAUGAGAAGAAGCUGUGUGUGCUGCAGCAGAGGUUGUCCGUCCUGCUGGACGAGCGGCAGCAGAUGGUGGAGGACAGUCGCAGCAGCAUCGCAGCUCGCAGCAAACUGGAGACUCUGUGCAGAGAGCUGCAGCGACACUACAGCGUGCUGACGGAGGAGACCCUCCAGCGCUGCAGGGAGGACGAGGAGAAGAGGACCGAGAUCACCAGCCACUUCCAGACCAUGCUGACAGAAAUCCAGGCCCAGAUCGAGCAGCACAGCAGCCGCAACGACAAGCUGUGCCACGAAAACAGCAACCUGACCGACAAACUGGAGAGCCUCAUGAUGCAGUGCGAGAUGAGGGAGGAGAGUUUGGAGAAGAUCAACAAACAUCGUGACCUGCAGCACAAACUGACUGAAGCCAAACUGCAGCAGGCGAACGCUCUGCUGGCCGAGGCCGAGGACAAACACAAGCGGGAGAAGGAAUACUUGCUUAGGGAGGCUAUUGACAAAACAAAGAAAUGCUUCGCUAUGAAGGAGCAGGAGCUGACCAUGAAGAAGAAGCUGACCCUCUACGCUCAGAAGUUUGACGAGUUUCAGGAGACACUGGCCAAAAGCAACGAAAUCUACGUCCGCUUUAAGAAGGAGAUGGAUAAUAUGUCAGAUAAGAUGAAGAAAAUGGAGAAAGAGUCCAAUCUGUGGAAGACGAGGUUUGAGAACUGCAACAAGGCUCUGACUACCAUGAUUGAAGAGAGAAACGAGAAAGGCAAAGAGUACGAUCUGUUCGUCCUGAAGAUUCAGAAGCUGGAGAAGUUGUGUCGUGCCCUUCAGGACGAGAGGGUCAUCCUCUAUGAAAAGAUCAAGGAAGUCCGCCAGGCCAACUCCAACAUCCCAUCAAAGGUCCUUGGCAGCUCGAAACUCGAUGACAGCCCUGACUCUGAGGAUGCUGAUAAAGCUGUCCUGCUGACCCCUGUGGAUCUCCAGGAGCUCCAGGAGCUCCAGAAGGAGGACCCGGUCUUAACAGAGAACAUGUCCCGACUGAAGGAGGAGCAGGCCAAGCUGCAGGAUUUUGCUGCCUCCCUGUUUGACACACUGGGGGACAAUGACGAAGAGGACAAGGCUGAUUCAGAGCCCGAAGAAGACAUGGUGUCUUCUGCAUUUGUCCAGUUCAAAACCAAAACUGAGGUCAAAGAGGAGACGGUUUCAGUCCCUGUUGACGUCAAAUCUGAGGCUGCAGAACUGGUUCUCCCAGAGCCAGAUAAAGUUGAGGAGGUUCCAAAGCCAGCCAUGACCACACCUGCCGAAAACACGUCUGAGGUAACACCCACAGACACAAAACCAGAAGAAGUCCAAACCCAUGACAAAGAGGUGCAACCAGUUAAACCAGAUGAGGACGUCCAGGAGCAACCAAAUGAGGCGGUACCAACAUCUGCGCCUGAGAAAGUCAACAUCAGUCCGCCCACAGACCUGAAACAAGAGGCCUCAGAGGCCAGCUCGGUCGAGACUGCUGAGGUCAAGCCAGUGAUCCCAGUGGAAGCCGAGAAGGUCCAGGCCGAACCAGUGCAAGUACCAGAAGAAGCAGCAGCUAAGUCAGAGCCAGCUCCACCUUCUUCCAAAAACACACCUAAAACAGCUGCCUCCUCCAACCCCGAGUCCUCCAAGAAGCAAACACCAAAGAAAAAGAAGAAGAGGAACAACAAGAACGCUAGCUAAAGUUUAGGAUGUGCAGAAGGUGUUUAUGUGUGUGUUAUGUGGAUAAAGUUUGUGUGUGAGAAACUGAAAUCAUACUGUGCCUUUGUGCCUUUUGUAAAAGUUAAAAACAGUUUGUCCCAACUGGUGCAGCUGAAGUGUUGUCAGUGUCACUUUUCUCAAUGUCACCAGAUGUGGACGGACAAAUAAGCCGACUGUAUUUUACAGUCUGAAUGUCUAAAUGUACCAUAAAGUUCACAUUUAGUUUGGUCAAGGAUAAUAAAAUGCCUUACUGAAGAGUAAGCACUCAAGAUUUAUCUUGCAGAAAUAUUUAGUGAUCACUUUGUGCUUUAAAGAGUUAAAGUUUUUGCUCUAUGUGAAGCAAAAUCCCAAAACAAAACCACCAGUUGGUUUCUAUGCCAGUAAAACUGCAGUGUCUCUUUAAAAACUGCAGAGCCUCUUUGAAAGUAGAAAUCACAGCGAUUCCAAUAAAGUCAUUUUUUGACAAUUUUA